AUGAAGUCAACGAUCUACUCUCCUCAUAUAAAGUCUUACUCUUCUGUCUUGGCCACUGGGCGCCAUAGAGUCAUCAAUGGGACUAAAGAGAGUAACGAUUAUGCCAAUUUAGACUUCACUGAUGAGCAUCUGGAGGAUAUUCCCCUGAAAGCUCCCAAGUUGCUUACGAAUGUGCACUCUGUAGAUAAUUUAUUGUAUCCAGAAGAGGAAUUUAGAGAAGAGAAUUAUGAAAGCCAAAGUAGCCUAAAAGCACCCCUGAACAUCCUCUGUAAGCAGAUUAAGAGGAAAGCAGGACUUGAAAGAAAUUCGAAUCUGAUGCUGAAGAAAAUUAAGAAUACAAAAGAUUUUAGAUAUAAUUUUGGAAUACAAAGGAGAAAAAGCAGAGUUAGAAGAAGUCUUGAUGCUGGCCUUACUAGGAAACCAAGAGUAGAGUCUCUAGAAACAGAAUAUGGGAAUCCGCAACAUACAUCUUCUAAACUUCAUGUCUCAAAGCAGAGUUUAUUUAAAGAGUUUUUGCUACUUCAUAAAAACAGGACAGUUGGAACUUCGCAUUCAAAUACUCAUCUAUAUAGUGGAUGAAGCAGUUUGAGAAAAGAUCCAAAAACUUUUGAAAUGAGAAACAGACUCAAACCUGGAAACUCCCUUGAAACUAAAGAAGCUCGCACAAUUCUUCCUGGGAUGAGUAAUAGAUAUCUGGUUAAUUGAAAUAUUUCAAAUAAACUUCAAAAAUAAUAGAGCUUUGCAAAGACAUGUCUCAGAAACAAGCAUGGAGCGAGAAGAUGAAGUUAAUCUUGAAAGAAUCAAGGAAAAAUAUGAAACCCAAAUCAAAGAGCUACAAGAAGAAAAUGACAAGUUGAGAAAAAAAAUCGAGCAGCUCGAAUCGCUUCAUACAAACCUCAUAAUGAGUACUUCUGACUCAAGUAAAGACGCUGAAGUACAGUCAUUUUAUCAGAACAUCUUCAUCACUGAUCUCCAAAAGGAACUUGAUAGGAAAGAUGCUGAGAUUUCUCAUUUCAAGCUCAGGAUUCUCGAAAAUAACGAUGCAUAUGGCAAAUUGCAGCAGAAAAAUAAGAAAUCAUCGAAAAUCAUAAAAAUGUAUCGAGAGAUGAUUCAAAAUCAAAAAGAAAAGGAGAACAUGAAGGAGGAAAAGAAUACCUCUCAGGAGCUCACCAAGACCCAAUUCGAUAGUUUCAUGGACCAAAAUGCUGAGAUAUAUGAAAUUGAGAAGGAACUUUUAGAUAAGAAUAUAAUCCCUCCUAAAGGUUCCUUCCAAAAGAUGGAUAAUGAAGUUAUGAAUGAGGUUUUAUCCUCAUUUCAUAAUAAUAGUGAUAGCACCACCAUUGUUCUUCAGAAAUUGUACAAUAGCAUAAAGGAAAUCAGCAAGCAAGGGAAUAUCAAUGACUUGCUUGAAGUUGCAGAGGGUAUUUUAUCAGAAAUGUUCAGUAAAAGUUCUGGUAUUAUCAAAGGAACAAAAAAUCAGGGAUCUAACCAAUUAAAAAGAGGAAGAAUUACCUUUUUAAUAUGAAACCCUGUGGUGCUAGAGGCUUUUAACAUGGAGAAGAAAGGCUAUGCUAAUAAUAUAACGAUAGAUGGAUUUGAAGUGUUUAUUGCACAUUCUAACAAAGUCUAUCAUAAAAAAUCUAAAAUUAAGAGAUACAAUAAGAUAAAAAGGGCAGGUGAGAAGGAGUUUCCUUUUGAACCUUGAUUUACCUCAAUUGAUCAGGCUUACUAUGGGAAAAUAGUCAAAGGAUCUAUGUGACAUUGAUGCUUUAAAAAUACUAAAACAACCAAUAAAUUAAGAGGAAAAUUAGACUCGAUUCAUUUGAUAGUCCAAUGUGAUAAAAAUAUGAGCCAAAAUGAAUCAGGAAUAUUUACUUCUAAUGAGCAUUUCUGACUUAAAAUAAUAACUCAGGCGAUAUCUAAUACAAUAGAGAAAAUCAUAUCUGGGAUGCAGGUCAACAACAUCAUUGAUAGGACAAUAAGCGCAUUGGAAAUUUUUGGAGGAAUAACUAUUCAAAACAACCUGGCAUCUAUAUUCCAUAGUAUCGAAGAAUGGAUUCCAACAGUUUUUAAUGCGAAGAAAGCUUGAGUGUUCUAUAUUGAUAAAUAAUGAACCUCAAUACAUAUUCACCUGCACUGAUAUCGGAGAAGAUGAGAAAGGAACAAAGUUUAUCAAGAAUGUGGCAAAGUUUCCAUGAAACCAAGGUUACACGGGCAAAUGACUAGAGUAUAAGAAAUGACUUGUAUACCAGCCUCCCAGAGCUAAUGAAGUUGAAAGAAAUCCAGAGUAUCAAGUUCAAUUUAAGGAAGAGCUCGACAAUCAUGUAGCUGAGCGAAUAGUUGACUGGGCAAUUUACGUUCCUCUUGAAGAUGAUAGAGGGGAAGCACAAGGAGUUUUACAGAUAUUGAACAAAGAAACUUAUGGAGACUUGCUUUUUGAGAAUAAUACAAAAAUAUUAAUUGACAAAAAAUUGAACACGUUAUCUAAAGUAAUUGCAACUGCUAUUAGAAAUGCCAACACCGCAACUAGUGUCAUGUCGCUCACCCAUAAUAUGCAAGAUAUCAUGAAAUCUGUGAAAACUAUGGUUGAAGGAGAACUACUUAUCCAAUCUAAGGAGUCCCAUGUUAGUGAAAAUUUGGUAAAUAUCUCAAGUCUCAUUGGAGACAUUGUGAGUGAUAAAAGAGAGAAGUUCUUUCAAGACAAAAUCCUUAUGAAGAAAGUUAUUGAAGAGAUCAAGGAAAAUAAAAAGGUGAAGAUCAAAGUAAAGAAAAAGGGGAACAAACAGAAAACGGUACACAAUUAAUAAUUCAAUAUUUUUGA